AUGAAAGGGUGUUCAUCCUAUCUAAUAUACUCCCUUGGGGGACUUUUCUCCCUAUGGAUUCUUGGUGUGUCUUCCACAAACCAAUGUACUGUGAGACAUGAGGUAGCUGACUGCAGCCAUCUGAAGCUGACACACAUCCCUGCCAACCUUCCUGCCAACAUAACAGUGCUGAAUCUUACCCACAACCAACUCAGAAGCUUACCACAUACCAAUGUUACAAGAUACAGCCAACUUGCUAUCUUGGAUGCAGGAUUUAACACCAUCUCAAAACUGGAGCCUGAACUGUGCCAAGCACUUCCUUUAUUGAAAGUCUUGAACCUCCAACACAAUGAGCUGUCUCAGAUUUCCGAUAAAACUUUCUUCUUCUGCAGGAACCUGACAGAACUCUACCUAAUGUCUAAUUCAAUACAAAAAAUUAAAAGCAACCCUUUCAGAAACCAGAAGAAUUUAAUCAAAUUAGAUCUGUCGCAUAAUGGCUUAUCAUCUACAAAGUUGGGGACUGAGGUCCAACUGGAAAACCUCCGGGAGCUCCUCUUAUCGAAAAAUAAAAUCCUCGCACUAAGAAGUGAAGAAUUCGAUUUUCUUGGCAAUUCUUCUUUACAGAAAUUGGACUUGUCAUCCAAUGCACUCAAAGAGUUUUCUCCAGGGUGUUUUCAUGCAAUUGGCAAGUUAUCUGCUCUCCUUUUGAACAACGCUCAACUAGACCACCACCUCACAGAGAAGCUUUGUUGGGAACUUUCAGGCACAAGCAUCCAGAAUCUCUCUCUGGCUAACAAUCAGCUUCUUGCAACCAGAGACACUACAUUGUCUGGACUGAAGCUGACAAAUCUCACCUGGCUGGAUCUUUCCUACAACAGCCUCCGCGAUAUCGGUAACGAUUCCUUCUCUUGCCUCCCACACCUCAGGUACCUGUCUCUGGACUACAAUAAUAUCCAGAGUUUGUCUUCUCGCUCUUUUUACGGACUUUCCAAUCUGAGGUACUUGAAUUUGAAGCGAGCAUUUACUAAACAAAGUAUUUCACUUGCUUCACACCCCAAGAUCGAUGAUUUUUCCUUUCAGUGGCUAAAAUGUUUGGAAUAUCUCAACAUGGACGAUAAUAAUAUUCCGAGUACAAAAAGCAAUACGUUCACGGGCUUGGUGAGUCUGAAGUACCUAAGUCUUUCCAAAACUUUCACAAGUUUGCAAACUUUAACCAAUGAAACAUUCGUGUCCCUUGCUCAUUCUCCUUUGUCCACCCUCAAUUUAACGAAAAACCACAUCUCAAAAAUAGCAAGUGGUGCUUUCUCUUGGUUGGGCCAACUCAGGAUUCUUGAUCUUGGCCUUAAUGAAAUUGAGCAAGAACUCACAGGCCAGGAGUGGAAAGGUCUGAGAAAUAUAUUUGAGAUCUACCUGUCCUAUAACAAAAAUCUCCAACUGACUAGCAAUUCCUUUGCUUUGGUUCCCAGUCUUCAACGGCUGAUGCUCAGGAGGACGGCACUUAAAAAUGUGGAGCUGUCCCCUUCGCCUUUCCGCCUGCUUGGUAACUUGACCAUUCUGGACUUAAGCAACAACAACAUAGCCAACAUAAACGAGGACUUGUUGGAGGGUCUUGAGAAUCUCGAAAUUCUGGAUAUUCAGCACAACAACUUAGCAAGGCUCUGGAAGCGUGCAAACCCAGGCGGUCCUGUCAAUUUCCUGAAGGGCCUAUCUCACCUCCAUAUCCUGAAUCUAGAAUCUAACGGCUUUGAUGAAAUCCCAGUCGAGGUGUUCAAGAACUUAUUUGAGCUGAAGAGCAUCAAUCUAGGGCUGAAUAAUUUGAACAUACUUCUACCGUCUACUUUUGAUGACCAGACGUCUCUAAGGGCAUUGAAUCUUCAGAAGAACCUCAUCACGUCAGUUGAGAAGGAUGUUUUUGGGCCAGCUUUCCAGAGCCUAGAUAGUUUAGAUAUGCGCUUUAAUCCGUUCGAUUGUACGUGCCAAAGUAUUGCCUGGUUUGUGAACUGGAUUAACCAGACCCACACUAACAUUGCUGAGCUACGCACUCAUUACCUCUGCAAUACUCCACCUCAGUACCAUGGCUUCCCAGUGAUGCUUUUUGAUACAUCAUCCUGUAAAGACAGUGCCCCGUUUGAACUCUUUUUCAUGAUUAGUACCACUGGACUCAUGGUUUUUAUACUUUCGGCAUUGCUCGUUCACUUUGAGGGCUGGAGGAUAUCUUUUUACUGGAAUGUUUUAGUACACCGGGUUCUUGGUUUCAAGGAAAUCGAAGCACAGCCUGAACAGUUUGAAUAUACAGCAUACAUCAUCCAUGCCUAUAAAGACAGAGACUGGGUUUGGGAACACUUCUCCCCAAUGGAAGAACAAGACCAAACUCUUAAAUUUUGUCUAGAAGAAAGGGACUUUGAAGCAGGUGUCCUGGGACUUGAAGCCAUCGUCAAUAGCAUCAAAAGAAGCAGAAAAGUCAUUUUCGUUAUAACAAACCAUCUAUUAGAUGACCCUCUGUGCAGAAGAUUCAAGGUCCAUCAUGCAGUUCAGCAAGCAAUUGAGCAAAAUCUGGAUUCAAUUAUAUUGAUUUUUCUUGAGAAUAUUCCAGAUUAUAAACUAAACCACGCACUCUGCUUGCGAAGAGGAAUGUUUAAGUCUCGCUGCAUCUUGAACUGGCCAGUUCAGAAAGAACGGAUAAGUGCCUUUCAUCAUAAACUACAAGUAGUACUUGCGUCACGGAAUUCAGCGCAUUAAAUUGUUUCUGUAGAUUAAGUUGAUAAAGGGAUAGAUCCAAUUUAUAAAGGGC